AUGUCAAAUAUAAAAAAUCAACCUUUUUUAGGUGUUUCUUGUAAAAGAGAAUUUAGAACUUGCCAAGGUAUAAAAAUGUGUAAAUUUGCUUCAAAUCAAAUAAUUGAGGGUAUUCAUACUGAAGUUGAUUUUGAUAAUAAAUAUUAUAAAGAAUUAUUUAAUCAAGAAGAUUAUAAUUCUCAUGAAUUUGCUUUAUGUCAAUUUGUUACUGCAUAUAAAUCUCCUUGUAUUUCUAUUAAUUCUAUACAAAUACUUAUUGUAAUGGAAAUCCAAUUUUAA